AGAAACGUUAACGAGCUCGCCUCGUGCCGGACUCGAAACCAACCAAACCAUCAUGUGAUAGCGCGACCUCAACGACUCAAUCAUUGAAAUUCUGUUAAAGAAAAGAUUUGCUCUGAUUCAAUAUUCUCCAAAGAUACGCAAAAAUGGCGCCAAAUCCCGAUUGGAAAGCAACAAACACAACAAUCCAAAUCCUGAAGGCCGCCGAAGAAGGAAAAUAUGGCGUCCUCGCAACUGUCGCGUACAACAUCGAGCACAUCCUCGGCAUGGUACGAGCAGCAGAAAAAGCUCGCUCACCUCUCAUAAUCCAAUUCUUCCCAUGGGCAAUCACGUUCUCAGAUGGACUCCUAAUACGAUCUGCAGCAGACUAUGCCAAGCGAGCGAAGGUCCCAGUAGCGAUACAUCUCGACCAUGCUCAGGAUGAGAAGAUGAUACGGUUGGCAGCGGAUACCCUACCAUUUGAUAGUAUUAUGGUCGAUAUGUCGCAUUUUGAGAAAGAGGAGAAUUUGGCGAAGACCAAGGCUUUGAUGAAGUAUUGUCAUGAGAGGGGAGUUGCUGCCGAGGCAGAGCCAGGCAGGAUCGAGGGCGGAGAAGAUGGCGUGAUGGAUACAGAGGGGUUGGAAGGCAGUAAGACGACGAUGGAAGAAGUUGAUGAUUUUGUGGCUACUGGUGUUGAUGCUCUGGCUCCGGCAAUUGGGAACAUGCACGGAGAAGACCCAUAUGGUUCGACAGGACCGCAACUAGAUUUCGAAAGGCUCAAGCAGAUUCGAGCUCAAAUAAAUGGUAGAGUUCGGAUUGCUCUUCACGGGACCAACACCUUCGAACCGGAGUUGAUGAAGGAAUGCAUUGCUCAAGGGGUCUCCAAGAUAAACGUCAACAGGUUAUGCCUGGAUGGUUAUAUGGACCACAAGAAGAGUUACGCUGGAAAAUUGACGCAUACGAAACUGAUGGAGCAGGGAGUAGAAAAGGUAAUUGAAGACACCGUGCGGUGGAUGGAGAUUUGUGGUUCGGCGGGAAAGGCAUAG